CGCUGGAGGCUAGGUAUUCUUCUGCUACUGAUGGUGAUCUUGGAAUUCCUGAGAAUAAUGUCACUUGUGCCUGGAGCUGUCAUGUUGCAAAGCUUAAGGUCAAUCCAGGGCGACCCUUUACCUACGAGGAAUGCGGAACAACGGGGAGGGACUGGAUAGGGGGAGGAGGCCUGGAAGAGAUGGGAGGGGACUGGGAAGUGCAGCACACAGGGCUUUGCUUGGCCAUUUCGCUAGCAAGCUGUGCUCUCUUAUUGAAGGGGUCUUGUGCGAAGGGGAGGACGUUACGCCAAACUGGUGUCCUGUGUGAGGGUCUUUCUUACCCACAGGUCCAGCCCUCAUUCAUUCCUCCUCCCCGUGUUCUCUCCCUCCCCCUCCUCAGACACCUUCUGGGCUCGCACUGCCCGCGCCUCUCUUCCCGGGAGCUGGGAACAUUCACGGCUGAGGGGAGACAGAAGGAAGGGAGCACUUUUACCGGGGGACACGUGGAACCGGCUAGGGGUCUGGGAUCGGAGUUUGUACCUUGGAUCCGAGGUGAGAGCUGAAAAACAUCCGGGAGGGGAAUCUAAGUGCAGUAAUCGUGCUUGGGAUUGGAGUGUGCAGAAAGGAGAUCACCGACAAGAAAACGCUGCAGAAGGGGAGUAAAGGGGAACUUAAAGGCGACCCGGCCCGACACACGGUGGAGGGAAGUGAAGGACGGAGGGACCUUGGGGGGGAAGACGCUGCUGUGUGUACAGGGGUCACCUCGGUGUGUCUGAUACAGCAGGGACCCGUCUUACAGCCGCCGGGUGAUGGGGGAACAGUAGAGACGCACGGGGCACCUGUUGGACUUGCAGCUAGAGGAGUUCCGUCCCGAGUGCCCUUUCCCUGUGUUCCUUUGGAUGUUUCUGAUGAGAUGGAAGCCUGAAGCUUCUCCCUGCAGUUGGAUUUAGUGACUGACAAUUCCCUCUUGUGCUGUAACCGAGGGAUGUACGCGGGGGUUUGCUGCGGGUCCCAUGGGCAGAGAGUGCCCGUAUCUCAGAGUUUUUCCUCUGCAUGCUAUUCCCGUGAAUACGAAGGCGCCAUACUGGUUUAACCCAGAGCUAUGCAUCCUGACCCAGGGCCCUGGCAUCCACUGCUUUGCUUCUUGGUGUUGGCACUUUCCACAUAUGCUAAUUCAGAUGUGACUCCUCGCUUUGCAUCUGAGCCACUCUCUACUGUCCAGAAACCAGGAGGCCCUGUUACACUUCUAUGUUCUACAGAGCCACCCUGGGCUCAUAUAUCAUGGCUCUUCAAUGGUAAACUGUUGGAAAGAAUUUCACCCCAAGGUGUGGAUAUUCAGUCCGGGCACCUAAUCAUUCCAUCCCUUGGCCCUGCUCACGUUGGCCAAUAUCAGUGCAAUGCCAGCACCCCUGUGGGAGCCAUUCUCAGCAAGCCUGCAACAGUGUCUGUGGCAUAUCUACAUGAUUUUGAAACCACAAGUGGGCACAGUGUGACAGCAGAAGAAGGAAGCAGUGCAUUUAUUGGGUGUAAAAUACCAGAGAGUAACCCUAAAGCUCAUGUUCGGUACAAAGUUAGAGGAAAGUGGCUGAAAGAAUCCUCAGAAGACGAGUACCUGAUUCUUCCUUCGGGAAACUUGCAUAUUCUAAAUGUGUCACUGGAGGACCGCGGGACCUAUAGAUGUGCUGCCUACAACCCAGUUACUCAUGAAGUCAAGCUCAGUCCCAGUACAGUGAAACUGUCUGUUAACCGUUCAUCUCAAGUCGAUUCUCGUAUUCUACACCCUGUUAUUUCACAGACUGUUUUGGUACAGAUUCCUGACCCUUUAACUCUUGAAUGUGUGGUUGGAGGAGUGCCAAAUCAUCCGCCUGUCUAUUGGUACAAAGGUGGGCAAGAGGCUGUUGCUAAUGGAAAAAGAAGGCUUUUGCAUACUCACCUAGUAAUAGAGCAGGUGCAACGAUCAGAUGCUGGCAACUAUUCAUGUGUUUUAGGAAACGGAUCUGGAGUAUUUAAACGUGUUCAGUACACAGUCAUUGUUUUGGAACCACCUUCAGUUUCCCAAAAAACUGAGGAUCAGUCCUUAAGGGCAGGCAGCAAUGUAAGAUUUAGCUGUGAAUCACGUGGUAACCCUACUCCAAAUAUAACUUGGUUUCACAACGCUGUUCAAAUCAAACCAUCAACACGUCACCAUAUAUCUGGAAACAAAAUACGCAUCACUGGUAUUUUUGGCGAGGAUUCUGGGAUUUAUCAGUGCUUUGUAAAUAAUGGAGUUGGUUCAGCACAAGUCUCGCAAAGGCUUACCAUUACAUCUGAUAUUUGGUCCAAACCAGUAAUCUUGUCACCACCCACUAGCAUCAGAGUGGCAAAUGGCGAUUUAGUUACACUGACUUGUAAUGCCACUGGGAUUCCUACACCAACCAUCCGCUGGCAUGACAACCAUGGACCUAUCAGCAGUCACCCUUCUCAGGUCCUGCGCUCCAAAUCCCGGAAAGCAUUAUUGUCAAAGAUUGGAACCACUGUUCUACAUCAGGAUCCUGUACACUAUACCAUGUCACAAGCUGGUUCCAGCUCUUUGUACAUCAGAGACAUCACUGUGCAGCAUGCUGGGACAUAUACAUGUGAAGCGACAAAUGAAUUUGGCUCGGCACAUGCCGAUGCUUACCUGACAGUUGUUCCUUAUGAAAUGAGCACCAAACCUGAAGACAUCACUCCACUAGAUCUGACUCAAAGUGAUGAGGGAGACUAUGAUGUGGAAACCAGGGAGCCGGAUCACUACCAGAUAAAUGAGCAUGAACCAAAAUCUCAAGUUACAGAAAAGCCUUAUAGUGGGACCUCAUUGCCUGAAGCCCCCAUUAUUCUCAGCCCACCACAGACCACUAAGCCAGACAUAUAUAACUUGAUGUGGAGAUCCGGAAAGGAUGGUGGGCUUCCCAUUAAUGCAUAUUUUGUGCGUUAUCGCAAGCUGGAUGAUGAUGGCAACAUGGUUGGCAGCUGGAAUUCUAUCCGAGUGCCAGCUAGUGAAAAUGAGUUCCCACUCACUGAACUGGAGCCGUCUAGCCUUUAUGAAGUUCUCAUGGUGGCAAGAAAUGCAGCUGGGGAAGGCCAACCAGCCAUGCUUACCUUCAGAACUAGCAAAGAGAGAACGUCAUCUUCAAAAAACACACAGGCCCCAUUCCCUCCUAUUGGGGUCCCAAAACAAACUAUUAUUCAUGGAGUCUCGAACGGCAAUUUUGGCUUCGUACCGGUGGACCCAUCUCGACAUAGUGGAGUUCCUGAAGCUCCUGACCGCCCAACUAUUUCCACUGCUUCUGAGACGUCAGUGUAUGUCACCUGGAUCCCAAGGGCCAAUGGAGGAUCACCUAUUACCUCUUUUAAAGUAGAGUACAAGCGUACAGGAGGACAUUGGAACACUGCAGCUGAGAAUAUACCCCCCUCCAAGCUUUCUGUGGAAGUUUCCAACUUAGAGCCAGGUGGUUUGUACAAAUUUCGAGUCAUGGCAAUAAAUAAUUAUGGAGAGAGCCGGCGUAGCACUGUGUCCCGACCUUAUCAAGUAGCUGGUUAUAGCAGCCGCCUAUCUAAUCCUUUGAUUGUUGGUCCUCGUAUUGACCAGACUGAGGCAGUGACGGACACACAGAUUUUGUUAAAGUGGACAUACAUCCCUGAAAACAACAACAAUACGCCCAUCCAGGGAUUUUACAUCUACUACCGACCCACAGACAGUGACAAUGAUAGUGAUUAUAAGAGGGACAUGGUUGAAGGAACAAAGCAUCGUCAUUUAAUUGGUCAUCUGCAGCCAGAAACAUCUUAUGACAUCAAAAUGCAGUGUUUCAAUGAACGAGGGGCCAGUGAUUACAGCAAUGUUAUGAUGUGCGAGACUAAAGUAAGGAGGAGCCCAGGAGCCUCGGAGUAUCCUGUGUUGGAUCUCAGUACUCCAUCUGUUUCUGAUCGCAGCUCAAGCCCAUCACAUUCCCCAGCUAGAAGUGGAGACUUAUUGUAUGUCAUAGUUGGUUGUGUGCUUGGGGGAAUGGUACUCAUUCUUAUGGCAUUCAUUGCUAUGUGUCUCUUGAAGAAUCGCCAGCAGACUCUAAUGCAGAAGUUUGAACCUCCUGGUUACCUCUACCAGGGAGCAGACCAUAAUGGACAAAUUAUCGAAUAUACCACAUUACCAGGAACAAGCCGUAUCAAUGGCAAUGUCCAUACAGGUUUCAUAGGGAAUGGAAGUCUUAAUAAUGGUUGCCCUCACAUUCACCAUAAAGUUCAUAACAGAGCCAGUGGAGUAGGGAAUGGAGAAUUGUAUUCCGUCUGUAACAGCUCUUUGAAGGAAACGUAUGUUGACUAUGAGCAUCUUCCACACAAUCUUUCAAAUGGCAGAGUUAUGUACACAGCAUUGCCACAAGCUGAUCCAACUGAAUGCGUCAACUGCAGGAACUGCUGCAACAAUAACAGGUGCUUUAUGAAACCCAAUGGAUCUUAUUGUGGUAAUGGUGUGGCUGUGAUGCCAGUGGGAUUAGCCCCUCAGCAGGAUAAAGGAGAAACAAAACCGCCAAACCAUGUAAUGGACCCUGAUCAGAACUGUAGUGAAGAAACCGAGGAAGACAAUAAUGAAAAAGAGACACAGCUUUCAUCAAAUACUGUAUGUCUAGAGGAAUCCACACAGACUGGCACAGAGCAAUAUGAAGGGGAAGACUGCACCAAAACCGAGGAUGACAGCUCCAUUCUUACAUGGACCCCUCUUAUACUACCUGUCAUCUCAAAGGACUGUGAUGAAAAACAUGCAUGGACUUCUACAGACAUUACAUUAGAUAAAUCUAAUGCUGACCAUCCCCAGCUUCAAGCACAAGAGGCAUAGAGAAAGACUGGAUUUGGGACAAUGGAGUCGAAGAUGUUGGAGUUUUUCCAGCUUUGAUUCUGUGAUCCUUCACCGAGCCAGAAGCUUUCCCUGUUUUCUUCAUUAGCCACAAUUUGCUUGGCUUAUACUUGUAUUGCUCUGCUGACAAGUCCCUUAAGCUACUGAAGGGCUUAUACGAUGUAUUAAAGAACUUCAUAGAAUGUAUUGUACAGCACUAGUCAACAAGGGCUUUGUUAUGAAAUAACACUGCCGCCCUGUUAGGGUGUUUUACUUGCUAGCAGACAAUUCAGAUAGGGAAUAUAAGCAAAAAUAGAGUAGGAAGCAGUGGACUGAAACCAUUAUUUAUUUUUAAAUAGCUUAAAGUUAUAGGACGCUGUUCCACUAAAAUUCAGAUUUGGUUUCUUUUUAUAUUAUUUAUACUUUUUUUUCUCUGUUUUCAUGGAUAUGAUCAUGCAGGAAUAUAUUUUCAGAAAGAUGUAUAGUUUCUUUUAUUAAAAGGGGAUUUUUUUUCUCUACCAGAAAGUGUUAAUCAGCUUAUGCUUCACAUUCUUUGCAGGUCAUAUUUUUAGGUAUCAGGUGAAAAUGUUCAUCUUUUUAAUGUACAAACACCACAAUGACACAUACACCAAGUUGUAGCCAGUUGUUGGUAAUUUGCUUCAGGCUUGGGAAUCCUUAACAAAUCAGUUCUUUGCUUUGAAACAGCAGACCAGAAAAUGCUACUUGUUAAUUGGUUGGUUUACUAGAACUGGGACAAAUGUUGCACUUUUUAUUGCCUUACCCAUUCAUAUUUCAGCUUCUGGAACCAUAGAACAUCCAUACUGUAAAUUGUGCAUCUGGCUUUUAGUCCUUGGUUUCACUUCAGCUCAUGUCGAGUGAUGUUGACAGUGAAAUGGUUAGGGCUGUUGAUUCUCGUGUAGCAAAUUACUAUUAUUCAGAUGCAAAUUCUACUUCUCAUCCUGUCCCAGAUCAUCUGCCCAACUAUGAAUCCAUUUUGACUAUUCCAAAUCAUUGUAAAAGUGCUGCUUAACUUCCUUGCACUAUAUGAAUGAUGAUAUUAUUAUUCAGUGAGACUGGCUGCUUCUGCCAACGUUAAAAUGGACUUCUUUUAUUAGCACCUCAGCAAAGCAGUCUCAAAUGACUUCCACCUCUGUUUAAUGGUUUCAACAUUUAAUUCUGGUUCCUUGAUAUAAAUUUGAAUCCCAUGUGUGGAUGAUAUGGUGCCAGCUUUUAUACUGCUGAGUGAAAUGAGCAAAAAACAUUUGUCCCAGAGGGCGCAACAUAAGCUAAAUUGAAUGUGUUUGUGUAUGUACUUUUUGAUGUUAAAAGGCAAUCUAGUUUUUUUUAUAAUUAGGGUUUAUCUAACAUUUGUUUUUUCUAUUGAAUAAGUAGUAUGAGUACAUUGCUCAUUAGCAGUAUUGUUUGUCUUGUUUGUUGGCAAAUGUGAAGCAGCAGCUGCUUAUUGUUUACCUCUGAAAUAAAGCCACACACACAGAGGAAUAUAUAAGCUGCCUACCUGGCUCCUUCAGACCAAGUACAAAGCUUAUUGACCCAUGUAAGAGGCCAUAAUGGCAGCCUGUCCAACCUAUAUCUGGAUGAAAACGAGCCAACAAUCUAGCAUGCAGUUUAGAGAAUACCAUUGGACGAGAACUACUUUGGCCAUUGAUGCGGUCCACUCUCAAUUGCUUUGCAUGUGCCCCAAUAUGAUCCAAUUGUUGAGCCACUGUCAAAUGAUCAGAUCAUUAGGAUUUGGUUUGUUCGUUUGUAUUAAGACAAAUAUCAUGAGAAAUAAUGUAUUUUGUACUGUCAGACAUAGCUGUCUAUUUCAUGAAAAAGUACUUGAAGAUAAACUAUACUUAUAAACAAUAGAUGUUUCCUUUAGGUAAGCCAUGCUUCACUGGUCUGGUCAUUAUAUGGAAGAGAUACAUUGAUUUCCAGCUCUGGGGAAGCAUGAAACAUAAUGCAAGACUUACAUUAUUCUUUAUUCUAAACACCUUCAAUGAGUCAUUUAUUACAUUACAGAUUGGUGUCUGCAGCUUGUUGUACAAUAUGUAGUCUGUUUCUCUCUGUAAUUUAUUUUAUUGGCACUGUUAUAAGUGCUGUCUUUUCUUAUGCUUUUAUUAUUUAUAUGGGAAUUUCUAUCAGCCCGGUAGUCUUGUCAGUUUUGAUGCAUAAGGGGCUGCCAGGUAUAUAGCCAUUACAUUACUGGGAGUUGUGAUGCAGAUGAUAAUAGCACAUAUCUGUUAAACUAAAACAUUUAAAAGGGAUGUGCGAGUGUGCAAAAUGCUUUGAACUAAUUUAAAGGAUCGGUAACAUCAAAAAAAAAAAUUCCUUUGUAUACUACGUAAAAAAAACACCAACACAUAUUAAACUUUAAAAUCGCAAAGUCUUUAUUUAGAAAUAACUUACCGAAAUUCCGCUUGCAUUACUCUUCAGAAAAGCCGAUGGGGUGAUAAAUCGUGCGGCGCUCGAUUUCUCCUCCUUGCCUUCCUUAUAGGUGAUAGCCAGGGAGGACAAAUUGAGCGCUGCAUGAUGGAUCGUCGCCUAUUCUGAAGAGGAGUGCAAGCAGAGAUUCAGUAAGUUAUUUCUAAAUAAAGACUUUGUGAUUUUAAAGUUUAAUAUGUGUUGAUGUUACUGGUCCUUUAACUCCGCGUGUUAAUUCACUGUGAGAAGAUGUCAUUAUAAUUCUUGACUGCACAGCUAUUAGAGGUUACACCUCUUGAGUGCUUGAAGGGUAGAUGGCAGUAUCUUUUAAAAGGAAAAUAUACUCCUUUAGAAAUAGUGUUUGUUUUCUGUUUUGUUGAGUAGAGUAUGGGCCACUGCGAAUUUCUUUGUAUGUUUGCUUUCAUACUGUAUAUACAGUAUCAGUGAGAGCUGCCAUAUUGUUUGCUUCAGAGAGGGCCUUCUCAAUAGCCUGCACUUGUAAUAAAGCAUACAUCUAGCUAUCAUAAGCAGGGAGCUUCAGUUAUAGAGCAACCAAUAUGGCAGCACUUAUUCAUUCAGUAUCAAUGAAUAUAUGGAGAAGCUGUGCUUGGGGUAUACAACAUGCUGUGUGCUUAUAUUUUAUGGUCAGUUAACUGAAAGAUGGAAGAUAAUCAUUACUUUUUUGGACCAAGGUGUUUUAACUGAAAGACUGAACAGUGAGAUUUCCAGACAUUAUGGUGUUGAUUGCUUUUAAAUACUUCUCUUUGCUCUUCCAGGACAUGGUUAAUGUGACCCUUUAUGCUGCCACUGAUAAGACUUGGCCGUAGGGCCACAUGUAGUUAAGGCGGCUCUGUAGAAGCCAUUAUCUUUAUACAGAAGCAGAGUCACUUAACCCUGCAUCCAAAACAAAAUUAGGAUUUAUUCGAUGUAGUCUGAAUAAGUAUUCCCCUAGUGUGACAGUACUCAAGGUUUGUGAGUUAAAUCACUUAAUAUUAGUAUUAACCUUAUACUGUAGAAAAACAUCACUAUAUACCAUUUAUUUUCACUCAUUCAGUAUCACGCCCCAGCCUUUAUUUCUCAUUUCACGACACCAGUGAUCUGAGCUAUGCCAGUAUACAGUCAUCUCACCUAUAUGUAAGUGUAUGGUUACCAUGAGAUACACCAGUACUGUACCAUUCAUCCUGUGUGAUUCCCAUGUAAGUCUGGUCCCGAGAACUGCUGCUGCCUGUAAUGUGCAUUCGUUUGCUCUGGCUUUAUCAUUGUUUCACAGUAGUAAUCAUCACUUAAAUAUGUAUAUACUUACUCUAUGAACCGUAACCCAUUUACCUGUCAGAAGCCAGCGUGUAUUUUUUAUCGCAUUUACUUGUGACAUUUCCCAGGGCAAAGCAUUAACUAGUGCAUGUUUUUCAGUUGUCAUCAUAGAAAACUGUACUUUAUUUUACAAAGAAAAUAAAAAAGUUGUAAUAUUCUUUUAUUGUACAUAAUAUUAAAUGAUGUAGUAUUUUUUUAAGAUUGCAUUGUUGGCUAUUUUGUAAAAUAAUGUUAUUAAAGAGAAAUAUACCUAAUAUAAAAA